AUGCCAGAACAUUUAGAACUUCAGCAUUUAGUGGAAUUAUCGGUUGGCAGUGAUGAAACCCUUCCGAAUCUGCUCGAAAACAAGCGACCCCUUGUGAAGAGAUGUCCAUAUCUCGGCUUGCUCUUGGCGACAUUAUCUUCUCUUUUCUUCUCACUAUGUUCAGUUAUUGUUAAAAGCUUAGUCAAUAUACAUCCUAUCCAGUUAGCUAUGUUUCGUUUUAUAGGGGUGUUUUUACCAACUGUACCAAUAGUGAUAUAUACAGAAAAACCAAUAUUUCCCCAAGGUAAGAGAAUACUUCUGAUAUUACGUUCUAUCGUGGGUACUGUUGGUCUGAUGUUAAGCUUCUAUGCAUUUCGUAACAUGCCUCUUGCAGAUGCAUCUGUUAUAGUGUUCUCUGUGCCAGUGUUUGUAGCUUUAUUUGCUCGGGUAUUUUUAAAAGAGCCAUGUGGUGUGUGGAACACGAUAUCCAUUGUACUGACUCUAGUCGGUGUCAUUUUAAUAACUCAUCCUCCAUUUAUAUUUGGAAAAGAAGAAGUGGUGGUAAAUCAAAACUAUAACAGUUUGUGGGGUGCUGUAGCAGCAUUUGUUUCUACCAUAUUUGGAGCCAAUGCCUAUGUCUUAUUGAGAGUACUUAAAGGUUUACACUUUUCAGUAAUCAUGACCAAUUUUGGUGCUAUAGCAAUAGUGCAAACCCUGUUUUGUUCUUUUCUUUUUGGUAUCCUUUGUAUGCCAAAUUGUGGAACUGAAAGAGUUUUAGUUGUAUGCCUAGCCUUGUUUAGUUAUUUAGGACAGAUUUUACUUACUAUGUCCCUUCAAAUGGAGCAGGCUGGGCCGGUUGCUAUUGCGCGGUCUGCAGAUAUUGUAUUUGCUUUUUUAUGGCAAGUGUUAUUUUUUGAUGAGAUACCAAACAAAUACUCCAUUGGUGGGGCAGUAUUAGUAUUAUGCUCAGUAUUUCUAGUGGGACUUAGGAAGUGGGCGUUAGCUCUGCCUGCAGAAUCUCAAUUAAGAAAAAUGUUAGGGGUGUUGGCACAGUGA